GUGCGCCCGCCCCCGCGCUGCGGAGAAUGGGCACCUCGGGCCGCGAGCGCAGCCGGAGAAUAAAACCCCGAUGAUCACGGGCUGAGCCCGCGCCGCCACCAUGUCCGUGGCCUUCGCGUCCGCGCGGCCGAGAGGCAAAGGGGAGGUCACGCAGCAGACCAUCCAGAAGAUGCUGGAUGAGAACCACCACCUAAUCCAGUGCAUCCUGGACUACCAGAGCAAGGGCAAGACAGCGGAGUGCACCCAGUACCAGCAGAUCCUGCACCGGAACCUGGUCUACCUGGCCACAAUAGCAGACUCCAACCAGAACAUGCAGUCGUUGCUUCCUGCUCCACCAACACAGAACAUGAACCUGGGACCUGGGGCGCUGAGUCAGAGUGGUUCCAGCCAGGGUCUGCACCCCCAGGGCAGCCUCAGCGAUGCCAUCAGCACAGGCCUGCCUCCUGCCUCCCUCAUGCAAGGCCAGAUUGGUAACGGUCCAAACCAUGUGUCCAUGCAGCAGACGGCCCAGAGCACACUACCUACAACUUCCAUGAGCAUGUCGGGCAGUGGCCAUGGUACUGGGCCUGGCUACAGCCACUCAGGACCCACCUCGCAGAGUGUCCCCAUGCAAGGCCAAGGUGCCAUCAGCAACUAUGUGUCUCGGACCAACAUCAACAUGCAGUCCAACCCAGUUUCCAUGAUGCACCAGCAGGCAGCUACAUCCCACUACAACUCGGCACAGGGUGGGAGCCAGCACUACCAGGGUCAGUCACCCAUCACCAUGAUGGGCCAGGGCAGCCAAGGGAGCAGCAUGAUGGGGCAGCGCCCUAUGGCGCCCUACCGGCCCUCCCAGCAAGGGUCUUCCCAGCAGUACCUGGGCCAGGAGGAAUACUACAGUGAACAGUACAGCCACAGCCAGGGUGCUGCGGAGCCCAUGAGCCAGCAGUACUACCCAGACGGCCACGGCGACUACGCCUACCAACAGUCGUCUUACACAGAGCAGAGCUACGACCGCUCGUUCGAGGAUUCCACACAGCACUACUAUGAGGGGGGAAAUUCCCAGUACAGUCAGCAGCAGGCUGGGUACCAGCAGGGCACGGCCCAGCAGCAGACAUACUCCCAGCAGCAGUACCCCAACCAGCAGAGCUACGCAGGGCAGCAGCAAGGCUACGGCCCUGCCCAGGGAGCCCCGUCACAGUAUUCGAGUUAUCAGCAAGGUCAAGGCCAACAGUAUGGAAGCUACAGAGCAUCGCAGACGGGACCCUCUGCCCAGCAGCAGCGGCCUUACGGCUAUGAGCAGGGCCAGUAUGGAAAUUACCAGCAAUAAGGGACAAGCAUUCUCAUUGGAGCCCUUGUGGUAGUGUGUCCAUCCGGAGAUGGACAAGCUGGUGGCAGCUCUGAUGAAUCGUAACAUGUUGGUUACCCUCUGCCCAGUGACAUAUCUGCAUGUGAAGCGUGCUCAUUUCAUGCUGGGUAUGAUGCCGAGCGUGCGAGGCUGGCAGGAGACAGUGCUGCGAUUGUGACGUAUUUGGUGCUGUGCUGACACACUGGAAAGGUUACCCCUUUUGUCCCCUAUCCCCUCUUUGAUGUUCAUAUAGCUCUGGGGGUCAUACUGUCAUCGGAUGUUCUGUGCCCACUGAUGGACAUAGUCUAAAAGACACCAUGGUCCACGUAUUCCCCUAUCUGCCUCUUCUCAUGCCAUUGUUGCAAUGUGGGUUGUAAAUAACUGGCUCCCCGUAGAUUGACACACACACAGCCCUGGGUGGCUGUUUUCUUCCUGUGCCUAGGUGGGGGUUGGGGCACCUUCUGUGUCUUAGGCCAGUCUCCGUUCCACUGUAAUAGGAAAGCGUGCUUUAUGCAGAGAGGCUGAGCGCUCUCCUGUGCAGAGCACCCCAUUGCCUGUGUCUCUUCAGUGAGCCCCUAAAGCUGUGUGUCUUUGUAUUAAAAAAUGAAGAGGGCUCAGUGACUAUUCCGAAUAAAUGUGUCCAUGAGGGCAGUGUGCUAUUAGCCUACCCCAAGGAGGGCAGCACACUGAAGAGCAAGGCCUGUUCACUACCAGCUGGGCCACAAGCAGUGGGACGGUGGCCCCUGUUUAGCUGGCGUCAUGUCUAGGAUUUCCAUACGCCCGAUUCUGAGCUCAGAUACUGUAAGGCAUUGCAAGGUGGCAAGCUUAACAGUCGGCAGGUGUUUAUCUUGUGUUGUUUCUUCCGGGACCUCCUUGUGCGGGAUGCCAAGCAAACGUUCCUUCUGUUUAGGGUUAUCAGAAACCCACUUCCUGUUUUUAAAAGAACCCAAAUAACUUGAUGUUCUUUUAACUGUAAAGUAAAAGUUUCACAUACUGAAAUUUGAGUAACUUUUACGUUUGGAUUUUGUGUAAACAUUAAAGGCAGCUCUCUUAGAAAGGUGUGGUCAAAGGAAAAAUACUGACGAACCAGCAUGGAAAUUUGACCACCAUUUAUUUGGCUAAUAAUUGUAUUACUAUGAAUCUUUUUUUUUUUUAAAGUCUUCAGAUAAAUGUUGGGAGUUCCAACCACCACCAAGAAAAUACAAAAAAUAUCCAAUUGUCCAGUGCCUGGUAUAUCAGGCCUACUCAGCAUGACCCUUUUCUUUUUUUCUUUUUUAGACUAGGUCUAAUCCAGCCCAGACUGUCCUCAAACUUACUACAUAGCUGUGGCUGACCUUGACUCCAUGACCCUCCUUCCUUCACGUCCUAAGUACUAGAACUAUAGGGGUGCCCCACAACACCUGGCUCUGGUGUUUUUAAUUGAUAAGUUUUAUGUUUUCAAAACUAAUUCUUUCAUCUGUAAUUCAAUGCUUGUGGAUUUACAAGGCACUUUUAUGGUUUUUGUACAACUUAAUCCUAACAGCCUUUGCUGGGAAAUACAGAGCAAGUAUCAUUUCUACUUACAGAUGAAGAAUCAAGUCAGAGUAAAGGAUUUGUCUCUGUUGGCUGCCGUCCUGUUCUAGGGCACCCUUCUCUGACCUACACAACAGAUAACAAACGUGGGUAUGAGUAUUUAUCCUGCAGGCACAGGGUUUAGGAGGCGAGGGCUGAGUAUGUGACCAUGUUAAGUUGACAGAGAUGAAGAGCUCCUGAUGGCUAAAUGACAAAAGUAUUAGCAGCUCCUUAGGGACUUGGCUCUCUUUUUGUUCUUUUUCUUUCAGGCUGUUUUUUUAGAACUAGGCUGUCUGCAAGCUCAGUUGAGGGCUGAAAUUUCCUAUUGAAAAUGUCAAAACAUUUUAAGUAACUGUGAAAAUGGUUUUUAUUCCUUGCCAAUCUGGGAAUAUGCCUUUGUUGUAUAUGUGUGUGUAUGUGUGUUUUAAGUGCUGUAUUCAUUUUUUGAAAGAAAAAGACACUUAAAAAUUUAUCGCCCCGAAAUUUCAAUCUGAAAUGUCUUACAUUAAGAAUUUCUUGAAUGUUGUGUAUAUAUUUUUAAAAGCACUUUGUGAAAUAGUUUGUACAUUUAUUUCCUAAUUUAUACAUGAUUUGGGUGUUAAUAUAUUUAAUGAUUAAUAACGAUGUUUAUUUAACGUUUUGUCUUGUCCAUUUUUAUGUAAUACUGUGGGAAAAGUGAUGCCAGCAAUUCAUUUUCAUUGACUGUAUUAUAGCUUUUCUUUCGUAACAUGAAUGUUUGAAAAGUCCUAGGCUGAAACGAGUCGUUUGUGCAGGUGUGGUUGACUGCUUGGUUUUUUUUAUGACUCCUACUGAAGGCCAGAAAAGAUGCAUCGGAAUAUUUGGAAACUGCUGCUCAUCCUCCUGUUAUUUCCCAACAUCCACCCAGCACAGAGAACUUGAGAGGGGAGGCCGAGGUUUUCGGAUGUGCUGACAACUGCCUGCUGGUGUGCAGACGCUCCUCCUGAUCAGGGUUUGUGGUUGGAGGUCUCUGGGAACUUUGCAUAACACAGUGAGGUGCUGGAGAUGUCUGCAGAGGGGCAGAGCAGCACAGCUCAGACCUCUGAGGAAGCAGCCUUCUCUCUGCAAUGGCAAGCCAGUUUUCACGUGUGGGCUUCAGUAACAAGCAUCGUUAAGUUGUAAAAAAGGAAG